AUGACUGAGUAAGAGUUUAAGAAUUGGUUGCAAUCUUCGAACCCUAAGAAUCUAAAAAAGAAAUCAAAAGUUAUUGUUGAGGUUCAUGAUGGUGAUGAAGAGAGAAAUUUCAAUGGAGAAUUUCUAUACUCUCAGAGUAAGGAUUAUGAGAUGGGGGAUGCUUUGCCUAAUUAAGAAAUAGACAAUAUAUCAAUGAUGAAUCACUAGAAUCCGUUUAGAUAGUUAACUUAAUAAAACAAUAAUAAUUUGGAUUAUUAGCGAAACCCAGAGUUAGAGAGAAUUAAUUCAAACAAGUCUUCAAUCAUUCAGCUUUUUAAUAGCCAAUCUAAGUUAAAAGAGAUAGAAGAUGAAUAUCAAAGAUAAGAUCAUAAAAAUAAAGUUAGAGAUAAAGAUGCUGAAAAAAGUAAUUGGUGCUGCUGGUAGAAUAGAAAGAAAAAACUCAGGAUAGAAGAAUAUGAAUAGAAUAUAGGAGACCCAAUUCAACAAAUGCAUAAUUUUAUCACUCAUAAUCAAAAGACAAGUAACGGCUUAAUGAAUCAUUAGGGUGUUAACAAGGAUUAGUUUUUCAAAGGAGAAACACCUUCAUAAUCGCAGGAUGAAAUAGGGCUCAACAUUGGAGAUAAGAUAACUCCUAAUUCUUACAUCAUUUAAAAUCAAAACUAGAAUACAAUCUUCAAUGGAUAGACUAUUGAUUAUAGAAACUUUGAUGAUCAGAUUUAAGUCUCAGCCUAUCAAGAGAUUGUCGACACUUAGAUCAAAGAUAUAAAGAAGACUUAGCUAUAAUUCAAAGACACUAAAAUUCAGGUGCUUUAAUCAAAGGAUGUGAUAAACAAUGAGUAAAUUGGACUUGGAUUAAAAAAUCAAACAUUCUAAAUCAUUAGAGAUGCUCAGUUAGCAUAUUACGAAAUAAAGGGGAGGAAGUCUAAGCAUUCAUAAACUCUCAAGGAUGAUGUGCUGAUGUUUUAAGCAGUUUAGAAACGAAGCCAAGAUGGAAUUCAAACUUUAAAAUCAAAGAGUAGACUUGAUAGGUCACAGAGACGGUAAAAAACAUUGAGUGGACCGUUUGAACUCAGUCCACUAAAGAAUAAGGCAAGAAAAUCAUCUAACUAUCAUAACGAUUAUUAGGAUAUAAAUAUGGAAAGCAUUUUAGAUGUUAAGUUUUAAAAACAGAAUUCUUCUGAAAUAAGUUACAACAACCAGCAUCAGUUGCGCAAUGAUAGCAGGAACUCCAAAGAUUAAAAGGUAGGCUCUCACAGAUACUAGAAUGAUGAAUAAGAUAAAGCUAAAUAUCAUUCAAAGACAAAUUCUAUUUAAAAUUCCCUAAGAAACCAGUUGAAUUAGAAGUAGCCCAAUAAAUAAACAAUUAAUUCCAGUCCCUAAGAAAAGCUAAAGGCCAUGACUUAGUCUAAAAGUAUAGACUUUACUAUGAACUAGGCAAUAGAUGAAAGUAUUAAGGUUUAGUUAGCUUAGAAAUAAGUAUUUAUGAACAAAAAGAUCAUUCACAGAAAUAAUAAUAUAGUCAGUAUUGGCUAGGAUGAGGAUAUUCAGGUUGGAUUCUAUUAAACGAGAAGAUUAGAUGGAGGUAAUAUGAGUGUUUCUCAUGAGGAAACUUUGAUAAUAGAUGAUCCAAAUGGGUAUAUAGAUUUCUAAAUAGAUGGCUAAAAACGGAGAAAUCAGCAUUAGUAUAUUAGCAAGAAUCAUUAAAAUGCAUUAUCAUUUGACUAGUCCUUUGAGAAAUAGCAAUAUUAGGAGUUUAAGCAAGCUAUAAAUAUCAAGAAAAAGGCUUUCAAGAAACAAUAGUCCAAAUUGCAAGGAACAAAAGUUCAAAGGAAAAUUAAUCAGCAAAUAUUGGAUAAUGUUUUUAUGUAAGAUGCAGAGAUAGAAAAUACUAGUCAUCUCAAAGACAAUGAAGUCAAGAUUUUUUCAGCAACAAAGCAUUAAAGCGAUAUAAGCAGUAGAUCUCUUGAGGGAUUUAGGAAAGAUACUUAAAAUUGA